GGCGAGGCGAGGCCGGUCGAGGAGACGAGAGGCGAGGCGAGGCAGAGGAGGGGCCGGCGGUGCCCGGCGGAGAAGCCCGGCCGUAGGGGCGGGGAGUCUCCUCCUCCCGCCGCCAGGCUCCGGCUCCCCGCACGCACCGGAGCGCCCGGCUCCCUCCUCCUCCUCCUCCUCCCGCUCCUCUUCCCUCCUCCCUUCCCCUCCUCCCCCCCUUCCCUCCCCGGGUCGCCGCGGCUCCGGGAGGAGCGGGGGGGGCCCCGCUUCCUUCCCUCUCCCCCCUCCUUUUCCCACCGGCGCCGCCGAGGACAGGCAGAAGCAAUCAUGGGGUGCAUUAAAAGCAAGGAAGAUAAAGGUCCGGCCAUGAAAUACAGGACUGAUAACACUCCAGAACCUGUUAGUUCCCAUGUCAGCCAUUACGGGUCAGACUCCAGCCAAGCAACGCAGUCGCCGGCAAUAAAGGGAUCAGCAGUUAAUUUUAACAGUCAUUCCAUGACUCCUUUUGGAGGACCCUCAGGAAUGACACCCUUUGGAGGAGCAUCGUCUUCAUUUUCAGCUGUGCCAAGUCCAUAUCCUAGUACUUUAACAGGUGGUGUUACUGUAUUUGUGGCCUUAUAUGAUUAUGAAGCUAGAACUACAGAUGACCUUUCAUUUAAGAAAGGUGAACGGUUCCAGAUAAUAAACAACACGGAAGGAGACUGGUGGGAAGCAAGAUCCAUUGCUACGGGAAAAACAGGCUACAUCCCAAGCAAUUAUGUAGCUCCUGCAGACUCCAUUCAAGCAGAAGAGUGGUAUUUUGGUAAAAUGGGCAGGAAGGAUGCAGAAAGGCUACUUUUAAAUCCUGGGAACCAGCGCGGCAUUUUCUUAGUAAGAGAGAGUGAAACCACUAAAGGUGCUUACUCCCUUUCCAUACGUGACUGGGAUGAGGUCAGAGGUGAUAAUGUGAAACACUACAAAAUCAGAAAACUUGACAAUGGUGGAUACUAUAUCACAACCAGAGCACAAUUUGAAUCUCUACAGAAGUUGGUGAAGCACUACAGAGAACAUGCCGAUGGGCUGUGUCAUAAGCUAACAACUGUGUGUCCCACUGUGAAACCACAAACACAGGGACUAGCAAAAGAUGCAUGGGAAAUCCCUAGAGAAUCCUUGAGGCUGGAAGUUAAGUUGGGCCAAGGAUGUUUUGGUGAAGUAUGGAUGGGAACAUGGAAUGGAACCACAAAAGUAGCAAUCAAGACACUAAAACCUGGAACGAUGAUGCCGGAAGCUUUCCUGCAGGAGGCUCAAAUCAUGAAGAAAUUACGACAUGACAAGCUUGUUCCACUGUAUGCCGUUGUUUCUGAGGAACCAAUCUACAUAGUCACUGAAUUCAUGACAAAAGGCAGCUUACUAGACUUCCUAAAAGAAGGAGAAGGGAAGUACUUAAAACUUCCGCAGCUCGUCGACAUGGCUGCUCAGAUUGCUGAUGGCAUGGCUUACAUUGAAAGAAUGAACUACAUCCACAGGGAUCUCCGGGCAGCUAACAUUCUUGUAGGAGACAAUCUUGUGUGUAAAAUAGCAGACUUUGGUUUAGCAAGGUUAAUAGAGGACAAUGAGUACACUGCAAGACAAGGAGCUAAAUUCCCAAUUAAAUGGACCGCUCCAGAAGCAGCGCUGUACGGUCGGUUUACAAUUAAGUCAGAUGUGUGGUCGUUUGGCAUUUUACUGACCGAGCUGGUAACAAAGGGGAGAGUGCCAUAUCCAGGGAUGGUGAAUCGGGAAGUUCUGGAACAAGUGGAACGUGGAUAUAGGAUGCCUUGCCCACAGGGCUGCCCAGAGUCUCUCCAUGAGUUAAUGAAACUGUGUUGGAAGAAGGACCCUGAUGAGAGACCAACAUUUGAAUAUAUACAGUCUUUCUUGGAGGACUACUUUACUGCUACAGAACCACAGUACCAGCCUGGAGACAAUUUAUAAGCCAACAGUCUAUGUAACAUGCACAAAUCUGCCAAAUGUAAAAGACUUGCAAAGAAUUCCUGACGUCUGUAAGGAAUCAAAGGAAAGAAAAUCUUCGCUACUUUGCAUGCUCUUAAUGGCAAACUGGAAUUUCAUAAUACAGUUGCACAAAACCACUUUUAAAGUGUUAUAAUCUAAUUUACCAAUGACAUGGGUUUUUUUUUCCUAUUUCCCAACUUACUUCAGGGUCCAAAGGAAGCUUACUGAAAAUAUGGGCUAGUAAAAUGAGUGUUGGUGUGAAUGAUAGCAGAAAAAAACUGUGUUUCAAAUCCUGUAUUUUUCCAACAUUUAAUCAUCUACUAAGGAGGGAAUUGUCUGGAAUUAAAGUGAUCUUGGGGUAGGACAUUUUUAAAGCAGAAGAACGUCGUGGGACCAAGCAAUGCUAUUCCAGUUCUGUAAAACUUCCUGUGUUCAAAAUUACAUGUCCUGUCCCCCAUUCCCCCCCCCCUUAAGAUGAUACAACCAUAUUUGAUACAUAGUCUUGAUCUUUAAGCUUCCUCUUGCAUGGACUUAAUUAGGGUAGGCAGGUUAAAAGAGAAAUUGGAACAGUGAAUGACAAACUUGAUCUAAGUGGUAGACCUCAAUAGUGAAAUUAGAGAGCAUAAUGCACUGUGUUAAUACUUGUAUUAAUAUAACUGGAAAGUAGCAUGAGAGAUUUUUCUUUUUUCUUUCUGCGUAGCUAAUUAAGAAUAAUGAAGGUAACUAGAAAAUGAGGUAAUAUUUUAUAAAAUCAUGUUGCUAAAGUAUGAUGAUAUUUGAACUUGAAACUAUGUGAUACAAUCAUGAGGGGAAAUCCUUUAAUCUUUUAAGCUCCGAUCCUACAGAGAGCUUUUGUAUGGGAAGACUACCUGAACAAAGCUCACCAUGAAAGCAAGAUUGAAGCUGGUAAAUGGCCACUUUUUAGUCCUUUUGCAGAGACAGAUUUGGUACUGUUGUAUGUGGCUUAUAUAUGUUAGCAAGGGUGGGUGCCACAAAUGUUAAUUGUCACUAGUUCAGGGAUUUGAUUGCACUUUUGCUUUUCUUGACUAUUAAGACACCCUUACACAGUUGCUCUUCCCACUUAUGCCCUUCCUACAGAAUUAUUUAACUGAAAAUAAAGAAAAGAAAAUGUGAAAGUUUAAAAACUAAAGGGAGAAAAUAUAUUUAAUAUUGUCCAAAUAUAGUGACAUUGAAAUUUGCUGGCUUUCAGCUCAGCUCAUACGACAUCUAGAUUUAUUUUCUUUGGCUACUGACAUAUCAAGCAAUAACAUCAUGUCUUUUACUCAACAAUUUGCAUGACGUUUUUGAAUUUCUGAUCAAGCUUAUAUAAUUUUGAAACACUAAACUCUUACGUAUCUAUCAGGUUUGACUUUAUAUUAGCAUUGUAAAGCUAUCCAACAAAUGAAUUUCAGAAAAGUUGGUAAUAUAGUUCCGGUACUAAACCUACCAUUUUUCAUGGGUUUACACUACACUGAAUCCAGCUACCAAACAGAUCUUUGUAAGUACAGUACCAUCAUUUUCCAUUUUCCUUCAUCAUCACUCAUCACCUGUGCAUCUGUGGUUAUCAAAUUUUACAAGGGCUUUAUGUAAGAAAAACAAAACAAAACAAAAACACAACAAAAUCGAAAAAUACAAUGGAAUUUUAAUUUUUCUAAAUAUUUUAAAAUAAAUAACACAAUCAUAUGAGUUUAUGUAUUAAUACAGCUAUAACAAAAAAUGCCAAAAAUGACACUGGCAUUGUUUGGAUUUUAAUUACAGAAUGGAACAGUUCAUUGUAAUAACACUUGUAUAGCAAAGGAAUAAAACACUAACUUAAUGAACGUGUUCAUUGUAAAUGGUUGUGUAUUAUAAGACUUCUCCAAAAGAGUUUGUAUGUUUAUGAAAAUUUAUUUGUUUCACCUGAGGAUCUUGAUGUGGUUCUUACCCUAACAGAGUUUAAAAUUCACAUUCACACUUUUUAUAUAAAUAGUAAUACGUUUAAUUAUGUAACUAAGUAUUUUUAUAAAGUAUGGCAUUGUUGAACUGUUUUGCAGAAUUGGUUCAAAAUAAAUUUCUCCUUGAUUGCA